AUGUCCGCCAUUAAUAAACCAAUACUUCCAGAUCCGCCUGGCCAACUCGGUCUGAGCGAGGCAGAAAAGGAACUCUCGUGGGAAGAGCACAGUUACGCACGAGCGAAGAAGAGGGAUGAAGCAGCGGUAGCGAGAGUGGAAGCGGAAGCACGGAAGAUCACCCAGACCGACGAGAAGGCAGGGGAGAAGUCGUGGUUCAGUGUGUUCUGGGCGUGGAGGAAGAAGAUGGAGAGGGCUCACUGGAGGUUUUGUUUGGAAUGUGCAUGGACCAACAAUCUGUUGAUGGCCAAGUUCUACGAGAUCAUGUCUUAG